CCUCAGUACAAUGCUGCUGUUUAAAAUCUCGAGAUGGCUGUGCUUUCUAGUCAGUUUUAUUUUACCAUGUAAUGGAAGCCUACAGCCUGGCUUUUCUCAGCUUCGGUGGGGCCAUAGACUGGACAGAAAAAUGAUCCAAUCCUUCGCACAACUCAGUUUCUUGGACUGUGUUAUAGAAUGUCUGGUAACACCACGGUGUAAAUCUGUCAACUAUUUCAAAGGGGCUAAUUUCUGUGAAACUAAUUACGAGAAUAAAAACAGACUGGUCGCUAAGUACGAGGUGAGCGCUGGAUGGGUUUACAGUGAAAAGGAGCAUUGGCCUCAGGAUCUGGCUGGAUCUUGUGCAAACUCAAACUGUCAUAUGAACCAGACAUGUAAAAACAAGAGAUAUUCCAAGGACAAAUUCUAUGAAUGUGUUUUGUCAGACUGUGGAAUACCACAACGAAACGGAAUGGAUCCCGAUAAAAAAAAUCGCGAAGACGCCAUUGGUUUACGAAGGAGGAUACACGCCUCCUGUUUUGACGGUUACCAAAAGUUUGGAUCUGGUCGUCUUGUGUGUCAGUCGAACGGAGAGUGGAAAUACGACAUUCUGUGUGAGGAACCAGGAUGGGCACAAUUUGGUAAUCACAUAUAUCGCCUGUUCGCAGACAAAAAAACGUGGAUGAAUGCUAAGGAAAUUUGUGAAUCCAAGGGGGCGUACAUUGCAGAGAUCAACUCACUUCAAGAAAAUAACUGGAUCCACCAAACUCUGGUUAUUCAACAUUUCAGAGGGAUAUCAAUAAAUUUAGAAACUGCAGAUAUCCUCAAGUUUUCUGUAUGGAUUGGUGGAAGUGAUCAGCAGGUUGAAGGAGUGUUCGUUUGGAUCGACAGCGGAAAUAAUUUUACAUUUACAAAUUGGCAUGGCAACCAGCCAGAUAACACAGGAACCAAUGAACACUGUGUAGAAAUGUUUGGGCGCACCGGGACUUGGAAUGAUAGGCCUUGCAGUUAUGGCACCCCUUUUGUGUGUGAAAAGGAUAUUCAACCGUAGUAGGAAGGAAUAAAUUGGUUUUGGAUUUCAUCUAAGGAUGCCCAGAUUUGGUUGCAGAAGAAACGUUGGUUUAUUUCCCUUUUUGACCUUGCAAAGGGAGACAACUUUUUAAAAAUGUGGAUAAGACUAAAUUCAGCUGGUUUGGAUUAAUAUAAUUUGUCUUUGUCAACUUAUGUUUAUCAUGAAAAUUUAAUUGCAUUGUUUAUUGUAUAUUUUUAUAGCAUAUCCUUCAGGCAUAAUGUAGACUUCUAGAUGUAAAUGUAUUUGUUUUAAACUUUCCACAAUAUUGUUAUCAAAACGUGUACAUACAAUUUGAAGAUAUGAUUUGUUAAGCUAUAAAAUAUUAAAUGGCAAAGAAUAUACCUUUAAACUUGGGUACUACUCUAUAGUUUAUGAUAGAGCUCGUAUUUAAAAGAAGAUCAAUAGAGUAUAAAAUGGUCAUGCCAAUUGAGCUUUUUUUAAAUUAACAGGUCUUAAAGAAUGAAUUAUUACCAAGAUUAUUUUCCGUUGAAAGUCACUUAAAAAGUGUAAAAAAAAAAUCAAACAAGUAUUUUAAACGGAAUUUGAAUUUUAAUUAGCUUAUCAUUUAUUUCAUUUUUUAAAAGAAAAUUAGUUAAAGUAUAUCAUUGCUUAUAAAUAUCUUUUUUUCAAAAUUUGACAUUCGCCGAUCGCCUAUUACUUUAGAGCGAUCGGCGGCAGUAUCAACACCUUCUUUAAUAAUGUGAACGAAAGAUGUUUAUAAUGUAGCUGUUCUUUUUUAUAGUUUCUUAAGUAGUUGAGUAGUAGCUUUAGAUUUUGUUCUCUUUGUUUUUAACUCAUGUAAUUUUUUAAAAAAAAUUUUGGUCCUGAAGAAGGGACUGGUUUUCCCUAUUAGUCGUGUCGUUAGCCAUUUUUAUUUGAAUUUUGAUAAAAUGGCUUGAUACUUUAAAAAAUUAAAAUGACUUUGAAAAAGGGGGCAUUGAUGUAUAAUAAACUAAAAUUUGCGUUUGAAUAGAAAUGAUUUGGACAUAUUUUCUCAUAAUUUUGACCGGAUUGCCAUUUAUCACCUGAAUGUCAUGUGUAAUUGAAAGGCCUAUCAAAGUAACUGAAUUACAGAUGUUUGCAAUUUAAAUACAAUUUAGUUUCUUCUUACUAGUAUUUACCAUUUAUUUUACUGCAUGAAAAAUGUUCAGUCUGUGAAUCAUCUUUUUGAAUUGUCAAUUUUCAAUGAAAUAAGGGGAAAAUAAUGAGUUUUAAAGAUAAAUGCAUUUUUUACAAAUUAAAUAUUG